AUGGAGAAUCCUUAUCCUGUGUUGUUGUUUCGACAUGCGGUUUCAUCUCCUUGUCGAGGUAUUCCAGGCCAAUUGGAUGGCCACCCGUCAGCUAUCAAGUGCUGCCUCCAUGCCCUCUUGAUGUUUGAGCUUCAGCCGUCAAUGACCAAGCGCCUGUCGCGGAUCAUGUCGAAUGUGGUCCACAUCCUAGGAUUCCUCUCUGUCGUCAGCUCGCCAAACGCGCUGGAUGCUAUCUUCACUGAAGCAUGCUUCAAGAUGGUGUUUGGCGCGGCGCUCCAAUACCUUCAAACAUCACGAUCAAAACAAGAUUUUGCCAAUGAUUUCGUGGGCACUCAAAAUGACAAAACAAAAUGA